AUGAAGAACCUGUGGCUAUGGCACUUCCUGCCCUUGGUGCUCUUGUUUCUCUGUACAUUCGCGCUUGAUACCCAUAAUGAAUACACCCUUUCAGAUGUCACUCGGGGUUCACCACAUCCUUCCGGUGAUACGUCCAACCCCGACACUCCUCCAAAUGAGCGCGUCCAAUAUGCUCUCAGAAUCCUACGCGAGGCUAAGAUACCCGUUAUCCCGUCGGCCGGGAAGCCGUCUGGUUUCAUCGGCUACACCUGGUAUUAUGCGCAAGAAGCUUUCCGGAUACUGUUUAUGAAUGGACCACCAUCAAGCAGCGGUGCGCAGAGGAAAAUACAUCCAAGUAUUGCCAGAGCGGUCGACGCCCUUAAGAUUGCGGCUGUGGAGGAUCACGAUCCGGAUGCGAUGUUUCUGCUAGCAGAAAUGAACUUUUACGGCAACUUCUCCCACCCCCAGGAUUUCAAGCAGGCAUUCCACUGGUACAAGAGUCUGGCUUCGUGGGACGGAAAUAGCACCGCUCAGUAUAUGCUUGGUUUCAUGUAUGCCACAGGGAUUGGUGGUGGAGUUGAACGCGAUCAAGCCAAGGCUUUGUUGUACCACACCUUUGCUGCAGAGGCGGGAAAUACGAGGUCCGAAAUGACUCUUGCCUAUCGCCAUCACGCUGGUAUUGGUACUCCCAGGAAUUGUGACGAGGCUACCUACUACUACAAGCAAGUUGCGGAUAAGGCUAUCGACUACUACCGAUCCGGUCCGCCUGGUGGUCACAGUAUGGUACGCGAAUCAUACCGUUGGGCCGACGAAGAAGGCGGCGUAUAUGGUGAAGGUGCCAGCGCAUCCAGCUCCGGACCUAGUGCACUUCGUGAUGGUUCAAGUUCGACUGAAGCCAGUUUAGAGGAUGUCCUUGAAUAUCUCGAUCUCAUGUCCAGGAAAGGGGAGGUAAAGGCGACAUUCAGCUUGGGUAAAAUGCAUUACGAAGGCACAAAGGGCCUCCCCAAGAAUUAUAAGAAGGCACUGAAGUAUUUCAAACAGGUGACUAAACGGUACUGGAAUAAGGACAAUUCGCUAAACCCAAACCACCCUGCUGGGAUUGAGAAACUGGCAUCCAAAGCAGCGGGCCACGUAGGCCUAAUGUAUUUACGCGGCGAAGGCGUGGAGCAAAAUUUUGAAACCGCUUAUACCUGGUUUAAACUCGGACUGGCCAACGGGGACGCACUCUGCCAACACCAAAUCGGGCUCAUGUAUUUGCAUGGCUAUGGAGUACAGCAAGACGCUUUCAAAGCCUCUUCUUAUUUCAAAGCGGCGGCUGACCAGGAUUAUCCGGCAGCGGAAACUCGCUUAGGUGCUUUAUUCCUGGAUCAAGGAGAUGUCACUACAGCUACCAAAUAUUUCGAACUUGCUGCUCGUUGGGGAUGGAUGGAAGCAUUUUAUUACCUUGCAGAACUAGCCAACAAUGGCGUUGGCCGGCAGAGACAUUGCGGACUCGCUGCGUCGUACUAUAAAAUGGUUGCAGAAAAAGCGGAAGUAAUCCACUCCUCCUUCACAGAAGCCAACGCCGCUUACGAGAGUGGUGACAAAGAGCGAGCAUUUAUCCCGAUGCUUAUGGCUGCAGAACAAGGGUAUGAACAUGCCCAGGCGAAUGUGGCAUUCAUUCUCGAUGAACAGCGUUCAUUGUUACCAUUGGAGAGAUUUCUACCUGGAUUGAGGAAGUCCCAGCCCCCUCUGCUUAAGAACGCCGCUUUGGCUCUUAUCCAGUGGACUCGCUCAGCCAAACAGGCAAAUGUCGACUCUCUGCUCAAAAUGGGCGACUAUUACUUAAGUGGCAAUGGCGUUGACAUUGACACCGAGAAAGCUUCCACAUGUUACCACACGGCUGCUGAAGCCCAUUUCAGUGCGCAGGCGUAUUGGAAUUUGGGGUGGAUGCACGAAAAUGGUAUUGCCGUCGAGCAAGAUUUUCACAUGGCUAAGCGCUAUUAUGACCUGGCUCUGGAGACGAGCAGCGAGGCUUACUUGCCUGUUAAACUGAGCCUGCUGAAACUGCGAGCACGCAGUGCAUGGAACCGGCUCACUAAUGGGAAGGUCAAUUCCAUUCGAGAAGAUGACGAACCCAAACCCCGGCGCACCUUCAGUGAGUGGAUUGCAGCGUUCAUUGAAAAUGAUGAGGAGGAAGAAGCCAACUAUCGUGCACAACUAUAUAAGCAUGGCGAAGAGGAUGACGACGAUAUCUUGUCGGGUAGUGAGCAUCACCGUCUUGACGACCAUGAGGAUGGUUACUAUGACGACCUCGAGCUUGAUAUUGACGAAAGUAUUCUGGAGGGCCUCAUCAUUUUAUCGUUAGCUGCGACCCUCAUGGUCUUGGUGUAUUUGCGACAGCAACGUAAUAACCGAGAGAGACCAAACGACGACCAAGCCGCGAACGCAGCAGGACAGGCCAACGCAAAUAACCGAGGUUUCUUUCCUCGUCCUGGGGAUCCCGAGUUUGCCCAAUGGGUGGCUGGGGGACUUCGCUUCCGCCAUCCACCAUCAACCGAUUGUGUCCCACCAUUCCAUCUUCUGAUUACCGCGGAAAUGACUUCUUCUAUUCCCAAUGGCAAACGUCGUCGGCUUGACCAGGCGACAACCACUCUCUCCAGACCGUUCAAGUCUCCUCUCCGCAGACCUACUCCUGCAGUGAAAGACGAGGCUGCGUCAUCAAAAAUUGAGGGAAUGGCAGCAUCUAGUUCUUUCAUAAAGACCAUUACACCUGAUGGGCAGGAUAACAGUACUGCGCUUUCUACUUCCAGCACAACAAAUGCACCUCCUACACCACCACCAACCCGCAAAAGAACGUUUCCUGGGCAGCGUCUUACGCCCGCAAGGAAGCCCGUACCCUCAGACCCAGAGAUAAUGGAUCUCCAGAAACGACAACGCGAGCUACAGUCACGCUUGUCGAGCUUGCGGUCCGACCUCGACACUGUUCAGCAAGCCCUGAGGAUAGAGUCGUCCAGUAACGACGAGGAAUUGGAGGUACUGAUUAUGAAGUGGAAGAAAGUUAGCCAGGAUGCAGCAGAAGAGGUGUUCUCUGGUGCUCAGGAGCGAAUUUCGCGCAUGGGAGGUGUCAAGGCGUGGCGGGAGCGAACGAAUAAUAACGAUGCUCGGUGGGAGCAGGAGGAGAUGGAGACCUGGUUCGGCAAUGUGGAUGCUGAUGCACUUGACAUGGAUGAGGAUGAACUGCAGGCCCGCAAGGCUGAGCUGAGGGAAGAGAUGGAGAGGAAGAAUGUGAAAGGGUCUAGUGAUGAUUCUGAGGAGUUUACUAUGGAUAUGAUGCUCAAGAUGCUCAACAUUGAGCUUACGACGAUCGGCUACGACAAAGCGAAUCAGAGGUGGAUUACAGGAUGA